AUGGAGGACCGCGCCGACGAGGGGAUGGGGCCGCGUAACAAGCGCGUGAUCGCCGCGAUCGAGGAGGCUGCCUUCGCGGGCAAGGGCGACAAGCCGGUGGUCGUCGAGUUGUACCGUGACUACGCGGCCAAGGUGAACAAAGCGCUGUUUCACUCGGGCGAGGUAGUGAAGGGGGAGUACGAGGGCGAGUUCAAGGCAGGUAGGCCUGAGGGGCGCGGCGUCAUGCGCUGGCCCGACGGCGACGUCUACGAGGGCGAGUUCAAGGCAGGUCGGCCGGAGGGGCGCGGCGUCUACCGGCUCGCCAACGGCGACGUCUACGAGGGCGAGUUCAAGGCAGGUAGGCCGGAGGGGCGCGGCGUCUACCGGCUCGCCAACGGCGAAGUCUACGAGGGCGAGUUCAAGGCAGGCGGUGAGAUGGAUGGGCGCGGCGUCAUGCGGUCCGCCGACGGCGACGUCUACGACGGCGAGUGGAAGGCGGGUGAGAGGGAGGGGCGCGGCGUCUACCGGUUCGCUGACGGCGACAUGGAUGCGGGCUUCGUGAAGGGUACACCCGUCGGCGAGGGCGUCAAGUGGAAGGCGGGCUGUGCGGCUGCGCUCGCGCUCGGCGCGUACGGCCUCAAUUCGCGCCAUUCUUCUUUCUGCCUAGCCGCCCUGGACCGGCUGCACGCGUGCGCGAGCGGUGGACCGUUCGCGACAUGGACCGUAGGAGGUAGGAGAUUCUCGCUGGAGGAGGCGCGGCAGACCGCCGAGCGGCUCGGGCUCCCGAUCCCCUCCCCGCUGCCCGGCGCGUGA